AUGGAGGGUAGCCUAAAAUGCAAUGUCGAUGCAGGUUUUAAUACUAGACGGGGAACUACAAAUAGAGGUUGGUGUUUCCGUAAUUAUAUGAGGGACUUUAUCUAUGGUGGGGCUGCUUGGGAUAUUGGUUCCUACCAUAUUUUGGAAGCGGAAGCUUUGGCCCUCAAAGAAGUUAUCCUUAGUGCUAUUGACUUGCAUCUGGUGAAUGUCAUUUUCGAGUGUGAUUCUCAAGUUACGACUCAAGCCAUUCGGUCGGAUUUUAAUGGUUUUUCCGAGUUUAGUUCUAUUAUUUCAGCUAUUCGUAGUUUGUUGUUUUAUUUUCCCAACUUUGAGGUCAAGUUUGUUAAACGCCAAGCGAAUUCGGUGGCUCACGCUUUAGCUAAGGCGGCCGAUUCUUGGACUAAGCGUAGUUUCUUUAAUAUGAGUCCUCCUUGUAUUGAACAUUUGCUUGCUAAUGAUAUGAGUUGA